AUGAUACUUUCAGUGGAAACCCGAUUAGUAGUUCUGUAGAUUAUCAGAUUCUAUAAAUUAAUAGUUCUGUAAAUUAUUAAUUGUCUUACUUUUCAUCGCAGAAAUUCUGGAUUCUGUUAAAGAGGAUAAUUUAUUGUUACUUUCUGAUCUCGGCUUUAGAAGCCGAAGAAUGCAAUAGCGUGAAUUAUGUCGAGAGUCUUUCUUUUGUCAAGUUUCUUAAAUUCAAUCGCAAAAAUUUCUCGAUGACUAGACUAAUUUUGGAAGGAGACAUCUCGAAAAUUAAUCUGAUCAGAAAGGGAGAACCAUUGCAAUAUGAAAAUUUCGACAUAAACUUGAUAACGUUCGCUUGUAAUGACAAAGACAGAGCGUCGAUGGAAUACGCCCUAGAUCUCGAACUGAAAUGA